AUGCCAACGAAGGGGUCCACCGUGGAACCUAGGACAAAAGCAUCGUUAGGAGGUGAUAGGAAGGGCGGCGACGUACCGAAGUCCUGGAGCCCGACGGCAACCCCGGGAAUUGGCCCGACACCCUCGAUUGAACGGCUGGGCGCGAGCGUGACGCAGGCCGACCAGGACAAGCCACCUAGUCAGGUGAACGAAGCCGGACGAGACCGCGAGAUACGUGCCGUGACGCGUCUACCUCAGGGGUUCACGCAGUCAGUACGCGAUGCGCAUCGAAAUGAGCAAGCAACGAGCGAGACGCACCCGUGUGCUGGUCGCAUCCACCAGUGUGCACCGUGCCCUACAACGCGCCUCCGAGCUCACGGACAAGGCGCGUCCGCGAACAUCCCUACGCGCAUUCCCGCCGCCACUCAACACGACGAAACGGAGGAUGGAACGUUAGUGGGAGCCAAGAAACGUGACCGCGACGCACCGAAUCAACGGAACGUAGUGGCCACCCCAGAAGCUAACAUUGCACCCUCAAGCGAACGCACUGUACGCCUCGCCGACGGCAGCUUUGCGGCACAACCUAGAGAGAAGAGGAGCAUAGGAGAAGAUAAGCAAGCCGGCGACUUACCUGACCUCGAAGAUGCAGCACCACAACUGCACGGGACUACGGACAUGCUCGCGCCGCUGAUAUCGCUCCCGUUCGGAAUGGAACGACCUGCGAAAGACGCGUUAGCAAGCCGACCAACGACUGGCACUCACCAAAUCAACAGAAACAGUGAGGCGAUCUACGCACCUAGUUCCACGCCCUCAAACUCGCAAAGCACCCGUCCCGACCCUAUCGAACGUUCUGCGCACGAUCCGCCGCUCCACCAAGGCCCCGCCGAUGUAUUGAAGCGCGUAUUUGACGAGUUGGUCACGCUAGCCCGAGAAGGGAUAGAUCCAGAGGACGAGACAGGAGUGGGAGGGCGUGACCGGAAGAAAGCAAGACGCGUCAAUAUUGCAGUUGAUAGGGACCCGAGGCAGUCAGUGGCACUCAGAAAGAAGAAGACGCGAGCAGAGCAGCGUAGGAAACAGCAAAGCAGGGAGAGGUUGAGAAGCAGAGCCGGCGAAUUAGCCAGGAAACGAGCGAGACGACCACAGACGGAAGUGCCGGCGGGAACGCGCGUUUCCGACCGUGCGGAACCGUGCAAUCGAGACCCGGACUUAACGGAGUCCACUCGCCCGGGUCACACCACAUCCAAUUGCGGUCGGGCGCCCGAUCCACUAACGCGCGUCGCUCGCUCUCGUGCCACGUCCACUACGCCCGCCGACUCCACCACCCCCGGCUCCGGUCAUGAGGGCCACUCCCUCGACCUGUCAAGCGCACGCACCACCGAGAUCGGACGAGGAAGGAUAGCAGGGGAAGCGGGAGUUAGGCAGGGGAGCAGGGAUGCAGGUGAGUACACCUGCUGGCCGUAUAAAGGACCCGGGCCACGUACCUUGGACGACCCAUCCCCCGCCUCUGGACGGAUCCACUCGCCCGCCAUGCCGCCUCAGCGUCGCGGACUUCUCGCCAGAUACUCGGCGGCCCCGGUCCUCGUUCAGCCGUCCCCCAUCCGCUCGGUUCUCUCAGUACCGCCCGACCUGCCGCGCGGGUACCUCCCGCCGCGGGACAUCGAACGCAUUGUGGACUUCGACAACCACCACGGCCGUGGGCCUAGCGCUGGCUCGAUGGUCCUCUCGUCCUCGAACUGUACCAUCCAACGCGCCUACAAUGAAACCGACGGGGCCCAACGAUUGGUCUUCCACUGCCAGAACGGAGCCCUCGCAUUCCAGCACGCGAACCAACGCAGCACGGGUGUCGCAAGCUUCACCGGGACCGUCUACGGGGGGAGCCGCGUCGACCGCGCUACCAUCCCUUCCUCGCACCCUCACUCUUCUCGAGGCCACCGUCCCCGAUCGCAGUCUCAAGCACGAACGGAUACCGAAGGCGCAACCUCGCGCAGGAACGCCAAUUACGCGUAUGCGGACGCCCUGCGUGCCAUUCCCAUGCGCCCGGCUCCGUUCUCAGACGCGUGGCGUGCAACGCCCAUGCAUGUAGAACCACCCCCGGCUGCGCCGAUGCACAGCCUGGAGGCCACAGCACGGGCCUUCGAUGAGGCCUGGGCUUUCGGUCGGUACGCGGGGCAGCCAGCACGGUUCCCCGCACCCUACAGCGAGACCACGCCCAACACCCUCCGUCCGAUCCUUCCCCGCCCCACGACUAGCGACACGCCUCCGACGAUCGAUCCCCGCCGCGUGCUGAACAGCCUCGGCGUCCAGCACCCUCCGUACUCGACUGGCGCCCCCGCCCCUCAAUCGCCACUGCAAGGCAUCACCGAACGCACCCGGACCCUGACACUCGUUGACGAAGGCGCGGUCCUGCGCACGGAGGUCGACGCUGCCGACGCUGCGGCAGGCCCUGCGCCCUCGACCUCCUCGGUUGUAGUGCCAGCCCCACCUCCUACCCCGGUCGGGCCAGCUUCCACCUCGCAGCUCAGCCCGGCCGUGCCCAUCGCAUCCUUGCUCGCGCCUGCGCUCGCCGACAAGACUCGCUCGCCAACACCGUCUCGCCAGGACUCGCCUCAGCUCCAGUACCCUGAGAGCAGCGCUAGCAGCGCCUCGCCGCCACGCCCCUCCUUCGUGCCUGGCAUCCGGGCGGCUCAAGCGUCUCCCGCGGACGACAUGGACACGGACUCCGACGUCGUCCUCGUGGAACGCUCGGGCCCGUCGUCAACCCUGGCUACUGCCGGGAACACGCCCGAUACCUCCGACUCCGAGGGCUUCGAAGGCGUCAACCGGCCAGCGAAGGACCACUUCAGCCCGCCUCCGGAGGCUGAAGAGCUCGACUCGGACACGGUGAUCAUCAACAUCGAAGACCUCCCCAAAGGAAGACCGCGCGUCCCGGUCAUCGCGCCGCCUGCGGCCCACUCCCCUACGAUGCGCGAGUGCAUCGAACGGAUUCGCGAGGAAUACGAACCCCGGAAUGAAGCCCUUACUUCCUCGUACGACACGGACCGAGACGCAGAGACGUCUGCUCAGGUACGUCCGCGUCCGAACAUGGCGAUCCUGCUUCGGAAGCUGACGUCCGCACUCGAAUCCGCUGCACAUCCCAUGGACAAAUACACCUGCGAUUACGUUCGCAUCGCGCUCGUCAAAACCUACCGUGCCGUCCGCGCUCGUGCUCGCCGUGACUACGCUAAGGGGGCCCUCCACCUCGAGCAGAAGCUGAAGGCCGACCUAAGGCCUCGCCGCCAGACAGCCACACGCGGGCGCAAGCCUGCCAAGGCAAGCGAGUCCUUUCGGGGCAACCAGCUCUUGCACCGGAAGGAGCGCGACGACCUCGGUAAGCUCCGGGACUACUUCGCUCGGUAUCGCACUGCUGACUAUCAGCGCGGCGGUAUUGACGACACCGACACUGUACUCCGACUCAUCGACACGGCCCUGGAAUUCGACGCGGCCCGCGAAUACUCGCUCGUCCUAUGCACUCGAUGCACGCGCGGCGACUUCGGUGGUCCAGGCGAGUAUCCGACCCAUCAGUAG